AUGCCAACUCAGGUCGACGAUGCGCACAUCUCCGUGCGCUUCAAGUACGGCAUUCACACCAUCUUCCUCUUCAUCGACUCACUAGCCCCCUUCUCCUCCGUCACACAAGAGCUGCUGGCCGUUCUCAAGGAGAGAUACCCCGAUGGCUUGACCAAGUCAACCUCUUCGCCCGAUGAGAAAACGCAGGUGCCAGAUGACGCAAACGUAAUUUAUGGAGUUCUGCGUGCGCCCGCCGAUCCGUCUAAAGGGUGGAAGCCGCUGAACAUUGGCCAAGACGCCUCAAAUACUCCCACCAAGUGCGGGCUUAAGGACAACAGCAUUGUCGCUUUUGCAUUUGCGCCUACAGAUGGAGAGGAGACCGGGCUUGAAGAGGCAGGGGGUGUUGUUUUCGAGGUUGAGUGGCCGCAGGAGGAUGAGGCACUUUAUGAGCAGUGA